UCUGUGGAGGACCCCCUGAAAUCCACUAUGGCGGCUCCCAAUGGAAGUUUAAACUGUGAGGACUUUUCCCUGUUUCAGGAGAUGCUGAAAGCGAUGCGAACCAUAGACGACCGCAUCGUCCACGCUCUGAACACUACCGUGCCCACAACUUCAUUCUCAGGAAAAAUAGAUGCUAAACAAACAUGCAAACAACUCUAUGAGUCUUUGAUCGAGGCCCACCAGAACAGAGACAGAGCCAUCAAGGCCUGUAUAGCUCAGAAAUCUGAGCUGGUGGGACAGCUGCGAGAGGAACGAGCGAAAGACGGCAACAAUCUGAAACUAAUCAAAGAGCUCAGACACGAGCAGACCAACUUAAAGUUAAUGCGAUCAGAGCUGAAUGUGGAAGAAGUCAUCAACGAUAGAAGUCUGAAGGUGUUUUUUGAAAGGUGUAGAAUUCACUACAUUCCUCCCAAGUCCAAGUGAGACGACUGAAGAAAAAAAGUCACUUCUCUUGAAGUUCUGAUCCAGACUGUAGAUGUAUUUUCUGAGUGAUUUUUUUUUUUUAGCAGAGUUCCCACCGCUGGAAAAGUGUCAUCUGUUUGCUUUCUUAAAGAUCAGUGUUGUACAGAGAGAUUUUUU